UACUUUGAAAGGAAUGUCUGGGUUAUUGUUCACAAUCCUACUGGGGUUGUGUACAUGCAUCACUUGUCAAAAACUGGAACUCGCAGACAGAAACCGGCAAUUGGACAUCAAUAAAAAUGUCGGCAUUGAUCCAAUCCGGAAACGCAAAAUACAAUUUCCGCCAAAUCAAACAGUGCGCCAAACUGAAGUGCCAGUCACUACAAAACGCGCGAUACUAUUCACACCUGUGACAGCAACGCUACAAACUGAAUACAAUACAGAACGAACGACUCCCACCACCACUACAACAAAUUUCUUUGUCAAACCGACACUCGGAGUCCCUGUUACCACCAGACGACUAGUUAUAUCUUCUACAGUACCACCCACAUUCUCUAAGCCGGCAUCGCCAGAAUUGAGUGGGCCUACAAAGUUUGUGCCCCCGAAUUCUGUUAAACCUAUCAGUCUGCUCCAUAUAGUACGACCGGCGGUUGUGGUGACACGACGAAUAAAACGAAAUACCCAAGGCGUGACAAGUUCCAUGCAAUUGGAGAUAAGCAACACUUUAGAUUUACCAGUUCUGCAAGAAUUUGAAAACCAAACUGAGAUGUUAAACGUCGGGCCACCUCCGAUGUUUACACGGGCCAUACUAGCCACAACUCCAGCAUCUAAUCAAACGAACGACGUUAACAAUCAGUCUAGAGAUGACCAAACCAUUCUAGUGGAUUCCUUGUGCGGAUACCCAGUUUACUAUAAUAGAAUCGCGUGUCACGAGCUAGACUAUUUUACGCAGCCUUUAUCACUAUGCGAGGAACGUGGUGGCAUGAUAGCAUUUGUGUUUUUUGUUGUUGUACUUGGAUUGACAAUUAUUUUUCUUAACUGUCUGCUGCCCAUUGUUGUAUGGCAAAGAUCUGACAUGAGAACACAAUAUGAUUGUAUCAAAGUUUCUUUAUCAGUUGCUGACAUGUUGAGCGGUUUUCUUCUAUUGACCGCCAUUAUUCCAAACACGGUUUGGAUUAGAAAAUACAACGAGGAAAAGGUAGUAGAACUUCUAGAGAAAGACACAAACUCUUCUGUAGCCAUCAUUGUCGGAUCUUUGGUUAACAUGUCGGGACAGGCCUCUCUUCUUCAUCUGAUGUUUUUGUCUAUCGAACGAUUUAUUGCCAUCAAGUGGUCAUUUUGGCAUUUAUUGCGGAGAACUCGAACCAUUAUUAUCACUCUGAGUUUAAUAUGGAUAACAACAAUUUUAUGCGCUUUUAUUCCAGCCGCUUUUUCUCAAUAUUUUGAAUACAAAUUGCAACCACCUUUAUUAAUACACAUGGUGACGCUGCGAACAAUAACUGAAGAAUCAGGAGAAGUAGUAAACGGAAUUCAUGGUCCAUUAUACACUGCAAUUCCAAUGAUUCUGCCAUAUACAAUAAUGUGUGUGGCGUGCAUCAUGACCGGUAUUGUAUCGUACAAAAAAUUGACAAGAAGGGCAAAAACAUUUGGGGCCGAUGGAGCGUUCCACGCCACUUCAGGAAAACCCAGCGCAUCGACAGGUGUGUCAGCCAUUCCAGUAACUAAACACAGAUUAAAAACCUCAGAUAAGCUACGACCUGAAGUAUCGGUUUUCAUCACCAUUCUCAUAAUGAUUUUGGGAUUCACAGUAACAAUACUGCCUUUCGGAAUCGUGCUCUUCCUAUUCGUGGCGGGAGUUUUCAACUGCAACAACUACACGACUCCGUAUACUGUUUCGUUCUACGUUGGUCUCGCUAACGGGUUCAUCAACCCAAUAAUAUACAGUUUUCGGGAUGAAAGAUUCCGAAUUGCUGUUAAGAAAAUAUUCUGCUUCAGAUUGGAGGAUAACGACGGAAAUAAAUAUUUGAAUCUGAAGCAGUCUUCAACAGUGACCCACAAUGCGACAAACAUCAGUUCAAAAGUGUGAUGCUUUGAAUAUUAUGAUUGCAAAAGAUUAUUGGCAUUCUGUACAGGAUCAGGCUCAAAAUCGAUCAGCUGCCUAGACCUUACAUCACCAUCGUACUGUGAGAUUUACUUUUUCUCAAAGCAGUGAAGCGAGAACCCAAGCUCAGCUGGACUCAAAAGUUUGACUUGUAACAAACUUUAUCCCUGAAUCUUUUGAAGCAAACUCGGUUCCGUCGGUCGUUGCGAAUUGUAUAUAGUGAGUGUGUAUCUCGCAAUGUUUCGCCUCGUUUUAAUAUUCGUCUUGUAUUUUACAUUUUUCUCCUAAUAUAUUCAAUUUCAAAACAUCAAAAAACUUUACUAUAAAAACUUAAGAAGUUAUGAAGCCAUGCAGAAAAAAGUUUCGUAGUGUCAGUACUUUCUUUUAUGUGAGAUUACUUGUUAUUAAUCAAUGUAUUGUUUUUAGAUAUCACGAGUUUCAUUUACUUCAUACAGCAAUUGAUACAGGUUCAAUCUCAAGGAUUCAAUAAUACGUCUUAAACACUCAUUAUUCAAUUUACAGGAUUUGUUCUUACUUGGUAUUUUGCUUCAAAACAAUAUCUAAUACCACUUUGGUCAAUUUUGCAGUUUAAACGCCAAACCAUUUUCAAUUUAAAUUCCUAAGCACCAUUCCGCCAUUUUGAUUUUUGUAAAGUUCCCCAUCUUAAAUAUCAGAACUAUUUUGCCGUGAUUUCAUGUCUUUCCCUUUAAGUGCCGCCGCCAUUUUGUUUUACUAUGUUCAUACAAUUUCUUAUUCCAUUCUCACAAUGACAAGAAUUUUAAAGCGACACAGAGACCCUUUGGAAUAUAUUUUUUUGUCUUCGUAUUUUAUUUCUCUCAUUAACCGACUUAGAUUCUCUCGUCUAACUAAGCCAUUUCACAAUAUCGUACCAAUGUCUCUUAUUACUUUUAGCGAUUUUAAUCGGUAAGUAUGUUGAUAGGUAUUUGUCUGUCUGUUUGUUUGUCUGUUUGUCUGUCUGUCUGUUAGAUGCACGCGAUAUCUC